UCUGCGCCAGGAUCCGGCGAACUGAGCCCAGCGCAGCAGCAGCAGCAGCAGCGGCAGCAGCAGCCAGGGCAGCGCGGCCCCGACUCCGGCCAGGUGGUAGAGGCUAGCCCGGACCCGCCGGCAGCCGGCCGCUCGGGCGCGAUGGGGAACCGGGAGAUGGAGGAGCUGAUCCCUCUGGUGAACCGUCUGCAGGACGCCUUUUCGGCGCUGGGACAGAGCUGCCUGCUGGAGCUGCCGCAGAUCGCCGUGGUGGGCGGCCAGAGCGCCGGCAAGAGCUCGGUGCUCGAGAACUUCGUGGGCAGGGACUUUCUCCCUCGAGGGUCGGGCAUUGUAACAAGACGACCUCUUGUGCUGCAGCUAGUUACUUCUAAAGCAGAAUAUGCUGAAUUUCUACAUUCCAAAGGAAAGAAAUUCACAGAUUUCGAUGAAGUUCGUCAUGAGAUUGAAGCAGAAACAGAUCGAGUGACGGGAAUGAAUAAAGGCAUCUCCUCUAUACCCAUUAAUUUACGAGUCUACUCCCCACAUGUGUUAAAUCUAACCCUUAUCGACCUACCUGGAAUAACUAAAGUGCCCGUGGGAGAUCAGCCACCCGAUAUUGAAUAUCAGAUCAGAGAAAUGAUUAUGCAGUUCAUCACGAGGGAGAACUGUUUGAUUUUGGCUGUCACCCCAGCCAACACCGAUCUUGCCAACUCAGAUGCACUGAAGCUGGCGAAAGAAGUCGAUCCUCAAGGUCUGAGAACCAUUGGCGUCAUCACCAAACUGGAUCUUAUGGAUGAAGGAACAGAUGCCAGGGAUGUGCUAGAGAACAAGCUGCUGCCUCUUCGCAGGGGUUACGUGGGGGUGGUAAACAGAAGCCAGAAGGACAUAGAUGGGAAGAAGGACAUUAAGGCGGCCAUGCUGGCAGAGAGGAAGUUUUUUCUUUCGCACCCGGCUUACAGACACAUUGCUGAUCGGAUGGGCACCCCACACCUGCAGAAGGUCCUUAAUCAGCAACUUACCAACCACAUUCGAGAUACCCUGCCAAACUUCAGGAACAAACUGCAGGGACAAUUGCUCUCCAUAGAACAUGAAGUAGAAGCCUACAAAAACUUCAAACCAGAGGACCCCACCAGGAAGACCAAAGCAUUGCUGCAGAUGGUUCAGCAAUUUGCUGUGGACUUUGAGAAGAGAAUUGAGGGGUCGGGGGAUCAAGUGGACACCCUGGAACUCUCAGGUGGUGCUAAAAUCAAUCGCAUUUUCCAUGAACGCUUUCCCUUUGAGAUAGUAAAGAUGGAGUUCAAUGAGAAAGAAUUGCGAAGAGAAAUAAGCUAUGCAAUCAAAAACAUACAUGGUAUCAGGACGGGGUUGUUUACUCCAGACAUGGCGUUUGAAGCAAUAGUCAAGAAACAGAUUGUAAAGCUGAAAGGGCCUUCCUUGAAGAGUGUAGAUUUGGUAAUACAAGAAUUAAUCAACACCGUCAAGAAGUGUACCAAAAAACUGGCAAACUUCCCCAGACUCUGCGAGGAAACGGAAAGGAUCGUCGCUAACCACAUUCGUGAGCGAGAAGGGAAGACAAAGGACCAGGUACUGCUGUUGAUUGACAUCCAAGUCUCCUACAUCAACACCAACCACGAAGACUUCAUUGGCUUCGCAAAUGCUCAGCAGCGGAGCAGUCAGGUCCACAAGAAAACCACAAUUGGAAAUCAGGUGAUUCGCAAGGGCUGGCUCACCAUCAGCAACAUCGGCAUCAUGAAGGGCGGCUCCAAGGGAUACUGGUUCGUCCUUACGGCGGAGAGCUUGUCUUGGUAUAAAGAUGAUGAGGAAAAAGAAAAGAAGUACAUGCUUCCCUUGGACAACUUGAAAGUUCGAGAUGUGGAAAAGAGCUUUAUGUCUAGCAAGCACAUUUUUGCACUCUUUAAUACAGAGCAAAGGAAUGUAUACAAAGACUAUCGCUUCCUUGAGCUGGCAUGUGAUUCACAGGAGGAUGUAGACAGCUGGAAGGCAUCUCUACUGAGAGCUGGAGUCUAUCCUGAUAAAUCUUUAACUGAAAAUGAUGAGAAUGGCCAAGCAGAAAACUUUUCCAUGGACCCACAAUUGGAGAGACAAGUGGAGACCAUUCGCAACCUCGUAGACUCCUAUAUGUCUAUUAUCAACAAAUGCAUCCGAGAUCUAAUUCCAAAAACGAUAAUGCACCUUAUGAUCAAUAACGUUAAAGACUUCAUAAACUCGGAGCUCCUGGCGCAGCUGUAUUCCUCCGAGGACCAAAAUACGCUGAUGGAGGAAUCCGCCGAGCAGGCGCAGCGGCGGGACGAGAUGCUCCGCAUGUACCAAGCCCUCAAAGAAGCCCUGGUGAUCAUCGGCGACAUCAACACGGCCACCGUGUCCACGCCGGCCCCGCCCCCGGUGGACGACUCCUGGAUACAGCACUCGCGCAGGUCGCCGCCUCCGAGCCCCACGACCCCAAGGAGGCCGACGCUGAGCGCGCCCCUCACCAGGCCCACGUCCGGCCGCGGGCCCGCGCCCGCCAUCCCCUCCCCGGGCCCCCACUCGGGGGCGCCCCCGGUCCCCUUCCGGCCGGGCCCGCUGCCGCCUUUCCCCAACAGCAGCGACUCCUUCGGAGCCCCGCCGCAGGUGCCGUCGCGGCCCACGCGGGCGCCGCCCAGCGUCCCCAGCCGGAGACCACCCCCAUCACCAACUCGUCCCACUAUAAUCCGUCCACUAGAAUCCUCCCUGUUAGACUAAACGAAGUGUCUGCCAUGGCAAUUAAUCACUAACGAAUUAUGCAAAAGGAGCAUAUUUGAUAACUGUUGCAGUAAAUCAUGAGUAGUCGCAUGUGUGGACAUCAGUAGGCAAGUAACCAGUUUUACUAAUGCAUUCAUCACUCAUCUUCAUUGCUCAUGGUAUGUCAAACCUUUGGGGUUUGACUCUUAAAAACUGCUGACCCUAGAGGUGUUCUAUGUUGUAUUGACCAAGGUAGGUCUGUAUAGCAGCCCUAUACUUUGGGGACCAUUUGCCUACCCUGGCAUAUAUUUGAAAUGGCUUUGGACAGAUUUUCCAGGCUAUCUACCAGGUAGCUCAUUAAAUAGAAUCCUUAACAGAUAUGAGAUGGUGGGCUUACACCUAAGCCAUACGUAUUUCUUUUCCCACAUCCUGUUUAGGAUGACAGUAAUUCUGUUGUCUAUUAUUAGUACUACGACCUACUCCAUAAUUAUAUAUUUAGCUCCUCUUUCCUUACUCUUUAUUUCAUAAGACAGCUAGGAAGUGACUUUUUAAUUCCUUAAGAAUAAAACUUUUCCAGAAGCAUAAGGUAGUUUGCAAAGGAAAAGUCCGCAUUGUUUGCUCUAGAGAGCUUCUCCUUGUGCCGAUGUGUUUUGCUUCAUGCUAGAAGCAUAUGCGACAGUGAAUCAAGGCUUGUUUUUUGUUAAUCAGUCAUUGGCUAGUUUCAGAGUUCAAGGAAGAAGCAAAAUAUCACAUCUCUAGAAGUGUCUGGAAAAAUAUUUCUUUAUUCAUUCAUAUAUUCACCUCCUGGUCAAUUACAUUGAAGGCUGACAUAGAAAAUGUUUAAUUUUUCUAAUCGAUCUAAUUUUUGGCAUGGCUAACUGAAUUUUGCUACUAACUACAGUUCUAUUAUUAUUGUUUUGGCUUGAGACAAAAAAAUUUCUUUCUAUGCUAAUUUGUAAUUCCCUUAUGUAAGAAUGUAUCCUACCUUUUAAACAGGUUUAGUGUAACUUUCUAUCCAUUCUAGGCUUUCUUAAUAAAUCUUGAGGCUUAUUAUGGGAUAAUCACAUUUAAAGAAUGGUACCCGAAAUGAAAAGUCAGUAGAAGAUGCCAUAGUUUAAGAGAAGAGCUCACACUUGUACAAUUGUACUACUUCAGAGUCCCUAUCCAGGUCCCUUACUCCAGAAAAUGGUAUUAAAACAUUGUGAUCCAAAGCAAAUUUGCAAUAUCUAAGAUUUCUAAAAUUUACAGUAUAGGAUUAACCUAGAGAUUCAUAGUUCAGUCUUGAGGCUAAGUUUUGGACUACCUAGGACCAGAUGAUUAGCCAGAAGCCAACUGGAAUUUUGUCUGCUAACUGUUCCCAGACAGCAGAGCAAGUAUUCACUGAAUAGUGGUGUCCCAUGACACUAUUUCAUAUUCUACAGAAGUAAAUCAGGUUUCACCAACUGAAAUGUCUCCCUUUGAAAGCAGCAAACAUGAUUUGUAUGUUAACUUAACUUUAAUUUCCUGUGUAGUUUAUACCCAAAGCAGACACCCAUAAAAUAUAAAGUAAAAAGUUUUAAAACCAUUAUUAAAAGAGAACUUGCCAUGUUGUAUGGCAGUGUAUUGAACUUAUUCUAAAGGGUUACAGCUAGCCCACUUAUAAUUGGAAAAAAUCAGAGAAUAUAAGAUUUACAAAAAGGGCAUUUCAGUUUUUAAAGUUACAAGUGAUUUUAUAAAGAACAUCACCAUCCUAAGUCCCCUCACAUCUUAUUUCUUUCCAUUGGAAAAAAAAAUAAUUCUCUGUGAAUGGAACUAAGGUGCAAGAUACAUACUGUGUUUUUAAAAAUAAUGUCUCCGCUAAAUGGAAAAAUGUUAAGUAAAAAUCCAUAGUAAAACAAAUAAUCUGCAGUGAGAUCGUUUCAUAAAAUUUUCUCUUUUUAGGAUUCCCUUUGCUUCUUCCUUUGAAUUCUCUAAAAUAGGCAGCUAGCAGAUUAUAUAUUUCAGGGUUUGGCUUCAUGCUAAAUGUGGUUUUGAGUUUUGCUGUAUUUCAAAAAUUUCCUUCUGUUAAAGGAAAAUAUUGUGGAUAACCACUGGUGUGUUCUUAGAUCAGCACAAACCAUGUCAAAAAAAAAUUGGAGAUUUUUCCCAAGUUUCUUUCCACUGAUCUUAGGCAGUAAUAAACAAUGGCAUUUGUCAUCUUUGGCUUUUGCUUUUAGGUUAUAUUCCCACAGUUGCAUUGUCUCCCUUUGUGGGUACAUUUUUGUUCUUUUUUACUCCUAAGUUACUUCUAAUAGAACCCAGCCUACCCUGGAGUUUCUUCAACAGUCACAUUGGAGAAUAUUUUCAGUUCGCCGCAUUAUGAUGUCAUAUUAUUAGUAUGAAUCCCAUUUCCCAAAGGGCUUAUAUCCUGCUAAAAGGAGAUGCCAAGGUGAAUUAAGUCUGAAGCUCUAGGAUGCGCAUAGUUCGAGGUGCAGCAUGCACACCAGGCCUUAAGAUGGGAAUGUAGCUUAAUGAGCUUUCUGUUUCCCAUACCAUUUCUAAUCUUUUGUGUAACUUCCUCUUAACUGAUUGCUCUGAUGUUGUCAACAUAAUAGACGUAGCUCUAUCAUGUCUAGCAUAAUACAAGUUCAGUGUUUUUAGGAUUUGGGAAAUAAACUGUACAUGUUUAUUUGAUAGUUAAAUCUAGUUUUAUUGUCACAUGCUAAACCUUGCAUGCAUAUUGACUAAUUGGAAUAAACAUUUACUCAAUUAUGGAUUAUUAAAAUAGGAUUGAUUUAGAACAGGUAUACUGCAUUUCUAAAAAUCAUCUACCAAGCUUACUUACUCUUCUAAAUAUUGCUUUUAGCUGUGUUUUAUAACACAGAAGAGCAAUAGGGUCUGCUUAUUAGCAAAUUUCCUACUUGUUCAGAUACAGAUUCAUUCUAUUCCAAAAUAUUAUAAUGAAACCAGUUCCUGUGAUAUAACUAUAAGCCUUCUGGACUUAGAAUUAAAAAGUAGUCACAUAGAUUAAUUUGUGACUCUUUAGUAUAGACUGUAGCCAUAAUUCUCAAAUAUGAAAUGGGACCUAAUUACCAGUAUGUGAUAAAUGUUAAUGUUUUCUG